CCAAAAAUCCGCUACGAGGUCUGUCCAUGUUAUCCUCUCGGAUACUACCCCUGAUUGAGUUUUCCUUCAGACAAGUAUGAUCAACGUGAACAUCGGUGUUCUGGGUCAUGUCGAUGCAGGAAAGACAUCCCUGUGCAAACUGUUGAGCACAACUGCCUCCACCGCUUGUUUCGACAAAAAUCCGCAGAGCCAAGAAAGAGGCAUUACGUUGGAUUUGGGAUUUUCUGCUUUUGAGAUGGACUUAGGAGAUGAAACGGUAAAUGUUGCUUCCCAGGUGCAAGUGACUCUGGUAGAUUGUCCGGGCCAUGCGUCCCUCAUCCGGACGAUCAUUGGAGGAGCAAAUAUCAUUGAUAUGAUGAUCCUCGUAGUCGAUGCUACUAAGGGUAUUCAAACUCAAACUGCUGAGUGUAUCGUUAUUGCCGAAAUUCUGAAGCAAAGCAAAGAAAGCUUACCCGUCAUUGUAGCAGUUAACAAAACUGACCUUUUCCCAGACCAAGACAAACUCGAAAAAGUUCUCAAAAAGUUGGCUUUGACCUUCAAAGAAACUUCGCUGGGGACGAACGUCACAAUGGUUCCUUUAUCAUGCAACACCGAAAAAGACAACGAUAGCCUGGUGAUAAUGAAAGAGAAGCUACAGAUGUGCAUAAGUAAUCAGUUGUCGCAGAUCAAAUGCAGUCGCCAGAAAAGUGAAAAACAAGACUUUCUUUUUGCUGUCGACCAUUGCUUUCAGAUAAAAGGUCAGGGCACGGUUUUAACCGGAACAUGCCUCGCUGGCGAAGUAUCUAUUAACGACAAAGUCGAGAUUGCUAACAUUUCUCUGGAGAAAAAAAUUAAGUCCAUACAAGUUUUCAAGAAGCCAGUGAAUUCUAUCAGACGCGGCGACAGGGCUGGUUUAUGUGUGACACAAUUCGAUUCGUCUUUGCUAGAGAGAGGCAUAGUUUCAUUCCCGGGGGUAUUAAAGUCUUUACAUGCUUGUAUAAUUGCCUUGAAAAAAGUCCGGUUCUAUAAAAGUGACAUAUCAUCUAAUCAGAAGUUUCACAUAGUAGCUGGAUACGAAGUUGUAAUGGGAAAAAUCACUCUUUUUUCAAGCUCAGAACAAUCUUUUUCUCCCGAUAGCCCAUUCGAGUUUCUCUCCAAUACCGAUGAGCCCACCCCUAAUGAGGAGCAAACUGUUUUUGCUUCGAUUCAAUUCGAGAGACCUGUUUUAGUAACCCCCCAAGUUAUUUUCAUUGGCUCCAAACUUGACUCCGAUGUUCACUUCAAGAAUUGCCGAUUAGCCUUCUAUGGGUCUCCUGUGUUUUCACUACACGAAGAAAAUUAUGCUACAUCAGUUUUACCAAACCUAAAAGUUUUCAAGAAAAAAUCGAAAGAAGGUCGAAUUGAGCGGAUAUUUUCGGAUGAUGUGGUUAUAUGUAAACACUUGCUCAAGAAAGAAAGUAGCAUCGAGAAGUUUAUACAUUUAAAAGUGGUUUUUUCUACUGGCCAUGAGGGUGUUAUAAUCGGGACAUUUGGGCAAGGUGGUAAAGUUAAAGUUCAAAUCAAAGGCGGUGUUUCGGAAAAGAUAAAAGUUGCUUAUCCUACGAAAAAGGGUAGAAAACAGCAGGGCGAUGGUCCCAUUGAUGACGAAUCAGAAGUAAAAGAAGAUGCCAUCAAAGUUGUUUUGAACUUGAAAAAGUUCAUUUUUACAACACAAUCCAAAAUUGUACAAUAA